AUGGCCAAGAUUGUUGAUGACAAGUCUGAGCACUGUGUUCCUUUCAUUAUCGAGCGACUCAAGCAGCACCGUGAGCAAUACGAGAGCAAGAGAGAGGUACCUCCACCCUUCUUCCUCGGGCUGAAUGGCGUGCAAGGCGCUGGUAAGACAACAUUGGUUGAAACUCUAAGCAAGACACUUUCGAGCCCACCACAUGGCCUGCCGGUCGUGGUGCUCUCCAUCGACGACUUGUACCUUUCCCAUGAUCAGCAAAAGGCUCUGGCCGACGCCUAUCCAGAUAAUCCCCUCGUUCAACACCGUGGUGUUCCAUCCACUCAUGAUAUCAAGACCGGAAAAGAGCUCUUCGAUGCCAUCUCGAGCCGAAAGACCAACAUCAAAUUGCCCAGCUACGACAAAAGUCAGCACAAUGGAGCCGGCGAUCGCCGUCCGGAGAGCGACUGGGAGAUUGUGAAUGCGAAUGGACAAAAACCAGUAGAGGUUGUCAUUUUUGAAGGUUGGUGCGUUGGAUUUCGUCCUUUGACCGAUGCAGAGGUCGAGUGCAAGUGKCUAGCAGCGAAGGCCGAAGCCGAAGACAGUGCCAACGACUACCAGGGUCAACUGGGCAGACUCAAGCUUGAAGAUGUUAUGUUCAUCAACAAUCAGCUGAGAGACUAUGAUGCUUUGACAGACAAGUUUGGGGCUUUCGUGCACAUUGAUGCCGAAGACCCUGUCUACGUAUACCACUGGAGAGAGGAACAGGAAGCUGCCAUGCGAGCCUCCAAAGGCACUGGCAUGACCAAAGAGCAGGUUGUUAACUUUGUGAAUGGCUACUAUCCUUGCUACGAGCUCUACACUGAUGUGCUGAGGCACAGCAUAUUUGGCGGAGAAAAGGACAAGCAAUUGCGAUUAGUUGUUGGCAAAGAUAGGCGAGUGAAGGCCGUUCAUAGAAUUUGA